UAAAGUAGCAGCAUUGAGUCUCAUCUCUCAUUUUUUCAUUUUGUAUUUCUCGUUGCUCCUCUCUCUCUCCACGGCUCACACUGCCUGCAGAUCGACUCAAUCUCAAGACAUCAUUCGAUUUUUGUAGCUGCCAAGUGGAGUUGUAGUCCGGGUAACCAAAUGUUACAGCAAGGGCGGAUUUUUUAGUUUGUCAUAUCGGAUGAUUUGUAAUAUCUAUAUUAUGCUUUGACAGUGCCAACAUGGGCAUUCGUCUGAUGAAAUGUCAAUGGUCAUGGCUGCUUCUCAUUCUAUUCUCUUUUAUCCUAGCAAACAGGGUCAGAGCUAUCAGUCCUGAUGGAGAGGCACUUCUGAGCUUCCGAAUAGCAAUUACUAGUUCAGAUGGUGUGCUUUCUAAGUGGAGACCAGAGGAUCCCGAUCCAUGCAAAUGGAAAGGAGUGGAAUGUGAUAAUAAAACCAAGAGAGUAACGACUUUGAGCCUUACCAAUCAUAAAUUGAGUGGUCCUAUAUCACCUGACCUUGGAAAACUGGAGCACUUGAGGCUUUUAAUGCUUCAUAACAACAACUUUUAUGGGACGAUUCCUUCAGAGCUGGGUAAUUGCACAGAGCUGCGAGGAAUAUACUUGCAGGGUAAUUACUUAAGUGGUUUAAUUCCAAGCGAAUUGGGAAACCUUUCUUCGCUUCAGAAUCUGGAUAUCUCGAGCAAUUCUCUCAGUGGAAAUAUCCCUCCCUCAAUUGGAAGACUAGAUAAUCUCGUUACAUUCAAUGUGUCUAACAAUUUUCUGGUCGGGCCUAUACCAUUGCUUGGUGUCUUCAGCAACUUUAUGGCUAGUUCUUUCAUUGGAAAUCGUGGUUUAUGUGGAAAACAAAUCAACGCGGCAUGCAAAGAUGACAGUGGAGCUCCAACAUAUUCUGGAUCACCUACUUCGGCUCAAAAUCAAGUUGGUAAAAGGAAAAACUCUGGAAGGCUUCUCAUUAGUGCAUCAGCAACUGUAGGUGCACUGCUUUUGGUGGCACUUAUGUGUUUUUGGGGUUGCUUCCUAUACAAGAAGUUCGGUAAAAAUGAGAGCAGAACUCUUGCCAUGGAUGUCAGUGGAGGAGCAUCCAUUGUCAUGUUUCAUGGAGACUUGCCACACUCUUCGAAAGACAUCAUUAAGAAAUUGGAAACUUUGAGUGAGGAAGACAUUAUAGGUGCUGGGGGGUUUGGGACAGUAUACAAGCUUGAAAUGGAUGAUGGCAAUGUGUUUGCAUUGAAACAAAUUGUGAAGAUGAAUGAGGGAUUUGAUCGGUUUUUUGAAAGAGAACUUGAAAUUCUUGGAAGCAUAAAACACCGGUACCUUGUAAAUUUGCGAGGAUAUUGUAAUUCACCUACAUCAAAGCUGUUACUCUAUGAUUACCUGGCUGGUGGCAACCUUGAUGAAGCUCUCCAUGCAGAACGAUCUGAGCAGUUAGACUGGGAGGCACGUUUGAAUAUUAGUAUGGGAGCAGCAAAAGGACUGGCCUAUCUACACCACGAUUGUUCUCCAAGAAUCAUACAUCGUGACAUAAAGUCGAGCAACAUUCUACUUGAUAUCAACUUGGAGGCUCGGGUAUCAGAUUUUGGACUUGCCAAGCUGUUAGAGGAUGGAGAAUCUCAUAUUACAACCAUUGUUGCAGGAACUUUUGGUUAUUUGGCUCCAGAGUACAUGGCAAGUGGGAGAGCAACUGAAAAGACAGAUGUCUAUAGUUUUGGGGUCUUGGUGCUUGAGGUCAUAAGUGGCAAGAGACCUACUGAUGCAUCCUACAUUGAGAAGGGCCUCAACAUCGUUGGCUGGUUAAAUUUCCUAAUUACAGAGAAUAGGGAACGUGAGAUUGUGGAUCCAAAUUGUGAGGGGGUGCAGACAGAAAGCCUUGAUGCCUUACUCUCAGUAGCCAUCCAGUGUGUUUGUUCUAACCCAGAGGACCGGCCCACCAUGCACAGGGUGGUGCAGUUGGUUGAAUCAGAGGUUAUGACCCCAUGCCCAAGUGAUUUUUAUGAUUCCAACUCUGAUUGAAAAGUUGAAGCCGAAAAUGAAGAUUUGUGUGUAAGGUCUCACGUUCUCCUGUUGUCUCGAGCAAAUUCCAGCGCAAGCAGUAAAUGAAGGGGAGAUGUUGAAUGUGCUUCAUCCUCACUCGUGUUAAUUUUUUGAUUAAUUCUUUUGUGCAGAUGGAUGGAAGGUACGGUGUAUUUGCGCACUGCGCAUAUUCCAUUUGAAACUCAAUUUAAGUAGUUGAAUAGAAUUUGACAAAUGGCACGGGUGAACACCCCUUACCGGCAAUUUGCUAUGUGCAAGUGCGGUGGGAUCCAACCUUCACCUUCUCUCGCCCUUAUGGUACGAGUCAGUCGGUCAGUUAGUUCAUUUAAGUGUGCUUUUUUGCUUUCUUUUAUAUUAUCCCCUUAGUCCUUAGCUUGCACUUCUCCCUCUCCCUCUACCCCCUGUUGAAGUAAACAUUAGAUGACAGCG